CGAAGACAAGAAAUACGAUGGUGAAAGGUCGAAGUAACGAAACCACGAUGGUGGAUAAGGAAGUUAACUGUUGUAUCUAAAUAAUUAUUUCGUGCAAAUAAUCUUGAAAAUGUGUUUGAUGCUUGAUCGUAUAUAAAUAUCAUUUGAUAAACUUUAAUAUGAUGGCGUUUUAAAUUACUUUAUCGGAUUUGCUCUACUUAUUAGGUAUAUGUGUAGAUAUGUUAUUAGAAAAAAAACCCAAUCGUAUCUGUUCUUAUUCAUUGGUAUCAGUAUUACAGUAAAAUGCAUAUCUAUUUUAAUGUUUUAGUUGCAAUUUAUUAAGAAAGUUGUGGAAACGUGUUGAUAUCUUCAGGGAACUAUGCAUAGUUAUCUAUAGCUCAGUUAACUUAUAUCGCGAGUCACUUUAUGAAAAAAAAAUGAUAUCAAUAGUUUGACUUAAAGAAUGUAUGAAUAUCGCAUCUUCUAUAUUGUUAAUUAAUUAUGAGUGCAGGGGAAUUUACUAGUACACUAUAAAAUACGAAGGCAUGUAAGAGUUAUUUGUUCUUCUGCGAUAUAAAAGUAUCCAAAGUUUUUCAAAUUUUCGUAUUUUUAUCUGUUCGUCUGAAGCCCCGUGGGGAAAAAGGCAACGUGACCCUUGUAUACGCUUUUUCAUGUACAAAGUUCAAUGACAACAUAAAAAAAUAAUCUGUAAUCUUAAGGAGGGAAAUCUCACAUCUUAUCACAUUAAAGGGUAAGGGCGAUACCUAACAAUUUUAAACACUUAAAAUAGAUUGAUUCAUUACGAUACAAAAAAUAGUCUAGACAGAUAAGAACAUCCCAUAAGAUUAAAUAAAACCCUACAUUUGAACACAACACGCAUGAACCUGCCUUGUACUGAUCGAAAACAGAAGAAACAGCAUCUAUAUUCAAUGACAAACGAACAGGAAAAAGUGAGGUAUAAAAGAACAAACUUUACAUUUGAACAGAUUGAAUACAUCAGUAAAGAUGGCGGAAAAAGAAAUCAACGUGUUGCUGUGUUUAGUAUUAAUUUAUGCUAGUGCUCGGUGUUGGAAUGUCGAAUUACUGAACAGUACACAUUUUGUGUGUGAUUACAGUAGUUACUACUCAAAAUUAGUCAUUAGAAAUGGUUACGUAGAGCAAGAUGUGAAAGAAUGUUUACAGUCACAUCCAGAGACCAAAACAUUGGAAUAUACACAUAGCAAAUUGAAAACAGUUCCCAUAUAUCUAGGGGUUUUAAAAGAACUUACUAAUUUAGAUUUAUCUUACAAUGAAAUAUCAUCCGUCUCAUUUACUGGGAUGGAAAAUACCUGCAAAAGAAUAUCGAAUCUUGUUCUUGACAGAAAUGUCAUUCGUGUUUUACGUAAGGGGAGCUUAGACUGUCUGGAAUCUUUGGAAAAACUUUCUAUUGCCAACAACACCCUUGAACGAAUCGAGAAUGGAACAUUCAAUACCAAGUUAAAGUCAUUAUAUGACAUCCAUUUAGCUUUUAAUAAUCUGACUCAUAUUGACAGUAGCUUGUAUAGUAAAUUUUUAUUGUCUACGGAUACGAGAGUGAAAGUUAAUGCAUCUUUUAACAAUAUAAUAGGCUUUACAAAUUCAAUAAACAUGACAAUAAAUGAUAUAACUGAAUCCUCCAGCAUGAUAGCUAUACUUCUUCAUAACAAUUUCACAGGAUUUAAUAUUAAAUACUAUUUCAACAUGUUCAAUAUCACACAACCUAAACGACAAUUGCCAAGAUUAACGAAAAGCGGGUUUGAUUUAAGGUUUAAUCCGUUUAUUUGUGACUGUGCGCUUUAUCCGUUGUCGCAAGCACUUAACGUCUGCCAUGCAAUGGAUCCGGACGAUCCAUAUUUUUCAAUCACCUGUGGUUCUCCUAUCAGCUUACAGGGAAUGAUGGUAAGACAAGUUAGAAAAGAGCAAUUUAACUGCUCAAUUACACAGAAUUGUCCGGCAUCCUGCACAUGUACCGAAACUAUUGCCCUUAACCUUAUCACGAUUCGUUGCAAUGAUGGUUUCCUUGGCAAGGAGUUACCUUUGUCAAUCCCAGCAGCCGAUAAUUUAUAUAUCAGUAUGAAAUCUCAACACAUGACAAAGCUCUCCACCAGGCAAUAUCUUCAAAACGUUACAGUUCUUGACGUGUCGGACUGCUCAAUUAACGACAUUGAUCCAUCAGUUGUACACACCCUUGAUGGCGGAAUAACAAACACGGUAUACCUUCAUGGCAAUAAUUUAGAAUACAUUCCUAGGACAUUUCAAAAUUUUAAUUUCAGUAAAGGAGACAUUUUGACCAUUGAUGGGAAUCCAUUCAAAUGUGAUUGCCAUUCAUUAUGGAUGAAAAAAUGGCUUCUGUCAAAUACAAAACAUGUUAUUCACCAAGAUAAAAUAAGAUGCUCUGUUGGACCUGAUGCUGAUCGACCAGUGGUUGCAGUACCGGACAAUGAAUUUACAUGUGAAACUGGACUUACCUUAAAAGAAAUAAUUAUUAUUACAGUUGCUUCAAUGGCAGGCACAGUAUUUCUUGCUAUGCUCAUAGUUUGCAAAUUCAAUAGCAUUCAAGUAAUUAUGAUAUCAAAUUUUGGAGUAUGUACAUAUUGUUUCAGGCGAAGAAAAAAGCGUCGUUUGCAAUACGAUAUAUUCAUAGCCCAUUCAUGUGAAGAUGACGUAACGAUAGGAAACAUCGUUGAUUUCUUGGAAAGUCAAUCGCCAUCUUAUCAAGUUUGCCUGGGUGAGAGAAACUUUCAACUCGGUAGAACAAUAUCCGAAAAUAUACUCGAUACGAUCGAGUCCAGCCAUACUACUUUGAUGGCCAUUUCCAAUAACUUUCUCAGGAGCAGUUGGUGUAGCAUGGAAUUCCGUGAGGCUCACAUGAGAUUUUUGAGAGAUAGAAAUGUCAAUAUGGUUUUGAUUGUCUUGGAAGACCUAGACGAAGAACUAAUAUUCAAAGAGUUACGUCUAUACUUACAAACACAUGUAUAUCUUAAAUUCACAGACAGAUAUUUUUUGGCGGAACUCUUACAAAAUAUUCCUAUAAUGAUACCAAGUGACAAAGAAACAGACCCAUUACUUUCGAAUUAGUUUAGAAAAGAGGUCAUCAAAAGAACAAAGUAGUAUACAUUAACAUCUGUAAAGUGGGCAUAUUCAUCGUUGGAACGCACGGUAGACAUUCCGUAUAUACUACAUUUAAUAUUUACCCGAUACUGGUAUACGGUAAAUAGCCUGGCUUGCCGAUGUAAAGGGCGUAUUUCAUGUUACUUUUAUUCCAGGAACUAUAUUGUUACAGACUUAGUAACAAUUACAUGGGAAGCAUUCAAUUUUGUAUGUAUAUUUUUAAGUAAUAGGAGCUUAUCUUUUCACUUUGAUUCACUUAGCAUGGCAAAAGAUCUCAGUAAAACACAAAAGGUUUUACUUUUAUUAAAAAAUUACUAUUAUAAGUAAAUAUAAUCCAUUUUGUUCUGAUAUUAUUUGGAUUUUAUUAUAUUAUCAUUUUAAUGUAUUAAUCAUUCAAAUUUUUUUGGUAUUAUUUUAAUUUAAACGGAGUUGUUUGUUGAUUAAUUAGUUUUUUUUUCUGUAUACAUAUGAUGUAUAUCAGACAUUUUCUACUAGUAGAUAGUUUUGUAAUUCGUUACAUUUGAUACUUUUUUCUGUUUUCAUUCCAUUCAUAUUUCAAGAUA